AUGGAUCCCACAUCUGUCUUUGGCAUCGUGACUGGUGCCAUGCAAACGGUGCAGAUUAUCGGCAGUACGCUUCAGGGACUUCGGGCCUUGCAGGGCAAAUACGCCGAUGCCGACAUGACCAUUCACUCGCUCAUUGUUCAGGCAGUUACAAUCAAGGCUGCCAUUACACAGCUUCAUGAGUGGGCAACUUUUGGUUCUGGCAGGGCGGAGCAUCCAGACUAUUUGGAGGGCCUGGACAUCGCCAUCGAUGGGUGCAAGGCGAGCAUGGAGUGCCUCCUUGCGCAGGUCUCGAAGGUUACUGGCGUCCUCGAUGGCAGAGAAGUGCCGGACCUGCGAGUAAUGGCUAAGAUGCGGGCUGUUUGGGAUGACCAUUUGAUGCAGGACUAUCAGCAGCGACUCCAGUCCCAGGUCCUAGCAUUAAACUUCCUUUUGCAAGUUUGUCAAUGUUCCAUUAGGCAACAUGGGAACCCGUCCACUCGCAGCAUUGCUCCGUCGACAAUCAGCGAAACUGCUUUGGACGUUGAUGAUAUAAUUGUGAACGCGACCGCGUAUAGAAGGGUACUGGCGCAUAGCCGUACCGUCUCAAGUCGUGCACCCACGGACGAAACGGGCUUAACUGCUGCAAUUCAACCCCAGACUCCGCGGUCAAUGACCACCGACGAAGGGUAUGCAAGCGGCACCGCUCGCUCUCACUCAUUCAGAGGAAGUAAUACACUUUCACCUCCAAGUACCUUGUUCGAGCCAAGUACCGGCAGUACACCACAGAAAGUUCAACCUCAGACACAAGGUGAUAUCGGGCGAAGUGUUUCACUUGCAUCAUCAUCACAAGCGUCAGCAAAGCCUGCACCGCCUACUGUUCGACGAUGGCAGUCAAACCCUAUCCCACUGCAUAAGUCUGGAUCAAAACGGGAAAGAAUUCGCAAAGUCCUUGGGAAAUUAGAUACCUCCAGCCAGAGUAGUCUGAAGAAGACUUCGCCAUUUUUAAGCCCACAACCUUUCUCUUCAGUGUCUCCAAUACCAGAGCAAGAAACAGUGCCAAGGGCGGACCGACGGCGCAUGGACAUUAGUAUCGAUAUAUCCUCGCCAGAUAGCGCUACAAUUCCGCCAAUCAUCAAGGCGGCACAAGCUGGAUCACUGGUACAAGUUGAAAUGCAGAUAGGAGAAGGGGCUGAUAUCGAGUCUCGCCACGUACUCACGGGUCGAACAGCAUUGGCCGUUGCUGCACACUGUGGCAACGAGGAAGUAGUGGAUUACUUACUUCAGAAGGGUGCCAAAUUUGAUAUCCAGGAGAUAGAUGGCUCAACCCCUCUCCAUUUAGCAGCAUCUCGGGGACAUACGGGCGCCAUACAAGUCCUUCUAUCAGCAGUUGAAGAUACCAAUAUAAAGGAUUCCCUAGGCCGAACUCCAUUUUGGGUCGCGGCAGAAGGUGGUCACAUCGACGCAGCGCGGAUGCUCCUUGCAGCCGGGUGCAAGAUAACAGCUCGCGCUAAAGGUCAAAUGACCGCUUUACACAAGGCAGCAAUUCGUGGAGACUGCGAGAUGGUGGCCUUCCUUCUUCAAUCUGGAGCUGAUAUUGAGGCGAAAGAUGCUGAUAUGAAAUCCGCGUUUCAUCAUGCUUGUGAAAACCGUCAAUAUACCCUUUGCCGCACUCUAUUUCAAUAUAGAGCGGAUAUCGAGGCUAUUGAAGUGCAUAGGAGAACGCCUCUCAUCUGCGCGGCAAUCGCAGGUGACGUCCGCACUGUGGAAUUUUUAAUCAGAAAAAAAGCAUCGCUGAAUAGCACUGACGAGAGUGGCAUGAAUCCGUUGCAUGGUGCAGCUGCUAAUGGCCACGUUGAGAUUGUGCAGCUUCUUCUAGAGAAAAAAGUCUCUAUAGGGUCGACAAAUAAACUCGGCAUGUCGCCAUUACAUCUUGCGGUUGUGUCAGGUCAGUUUUCAGUGGUCGAGUUCCUUCUCCGUAAAGGGGCACCCACUGAGCUUAAGAGUCGCGGUGGAUUCACUCCGCUUCAUUAUGCCUGCGAUCUGGUAAACAUUGAGCUUUCGCGACACCUUAUUGGUUGCGGCGCGAGCAUCGAGGCACAAGGAGAAGGACAGCAGCGGCCUCUUCACAUUGCGGUGGCCCGAAAUUCCCUGGAACUAGUUGAACUACUCUGUCAGAAAGGGGUGGAAGUUGAUUCCGCAGAUUCAUCUGGUACUAGGCCCCUAUGUAUCGCCUGCCGUAAUGGAAACGCACCUAUUGUCGACCACUUGUUAAAUCGAGGCGCAUCUACGUUUUGCCCAAAAACCUGGAAUGGGGCCCCAGAAGAGCACUCUCCGCUUACUAUUGCGUCUCGAGCUGGCGAUGCCCGGAUAGUGUCUCUUCUUCUCAACAAGGGAGCGUCCGUUGAGCAAUAUGACGGGAUGGGCUGGAAUCCGCCCCUGUAUGCAGCACAUCACGGUCAUGCGGAGGUUCUGCAAUUACUACUACUGAAGAGUAGUAUACUCUCGAAGAUAAAACUGGGUCAAAUGUUUUCCCAGACUGGGUUCCAUCCCCACCUUUCAAUCCCCCAAGAAAGAAUCCAAGUGAUUCAAAAUCUCGUAUUUCAAGAAGUGCAAUCUGUGCCAUAUAGCAACCAACAUGGUCAGAGAUCUAAUAUAAUUGGAAACCUUGGCUUCCCCCGAGAUGGUAGCGGGCAGAUGAUGGGAUUUACCCCGAUACCACAGGCAUUCUUUCACGAUCCUUCUUCCACAUUGACUCCACCCAUACUAUCUUUUCCGACGGCGGCCGUUGAGCUCCCAGCCGUACCCCGUAUCCAGCUUCCCGAUCACGAAUUCAACGAACGGGGUAGUCAAGAUAACCACCAGCACCAGGCAAGACCGAAAUCAACCCCCAUUGGCUUAUUCGACACACCCCAAAAUACCGUGUCCCAAAAUGCCGUGUCCCAGAACGGCAAUGAGCCGAGCACUUCACAAACGAGACAAGAUCAACCAUAUAUAUUCGCUACUGGUCCUGUCAGCCAGGGUUCCCAGACUCCUACGGAGCGUGCUGUAUCCUCUACUGUCCGUUCGGAUCACCAAGCCAGCAAUUCACAGCUUCAUUACCCAUCGGAUGGGUUAAACGCUGCCAUGUCAAGCCGAACGAACACACCAGUCUCGUCCCUGGAGUACAGCCAACCAAAUACUUUUCGGACUCAAGACCUGCCACUACGGCAACUUCGCACACAUCAGUGGGUAGGGGUCUCUCCACGCAGCUCUCUGGACGAGAUAGCCGCUGCUAGCACCACAGUUCCAGCAACAAAUCCUAUAACAAAUGGUCAUGAACCACGUUCAAGUGAGCUGGUGGGAGUUGACAGCCAUGGAGACAGCACUGACAGGGAGGACGACGAUGGCUCUGAUGGUGAUUCUUUUGUGUCAGCAUUCACUGCACCAGAGGUGCCAAACUUUGAAGAUCCAGGGCCAUUGCAUAGAAUGCAGGGAAAGGUUAUUUUUGAACUUGAAGGUUGA